AUGUUUAAUUUUCUCGAAAUCUCGAGGGUUUUUACCACUCUUACCAUACUAUCUUGCAUUUUUUCAUAUGUAAGUGCCAGUAGUCCCUCAUAUUGUGAUGCCCCUUCUGGCUUCACCGUUAUUAAUGUUACAAGUCUUUUAGAUGGCACACCUCUCCCAAUUGGAAUUACUCUUGAAACGGAUAAAUCAGGUUAUAAUUAUUUUACUGUUGACCGCACGCUUCCUCAAUAUAAGAAAGUUGGCUUCUGUUUGAACGGAUACUUAGACACGUUUGAUACUCCUAAAGUACAAACAAUCUUACACAAAAAAUUCGAAGAUUCGGUAUACGUUUCCUAUAUUGACAAAUUUGUAACAAACGUAGACGGAAAUGCCCCUAUUUGUACUUUGACACAUGCCUACUCAUUGUAUGGUGGUGAUAUCACUUCUGCUCUACCUCCUUUCACGGUUAGGAAGAUUAGCGAUGGAUUUUUAUCUCGAUUGAACGAGAGAAAACAAUUGAGCUCUAUUUGUUCUACUGCAUGCGGAGGUUUGGUUGAUGUUGUAGGUGGUAACUAUCCUAAAGGCUCUGAUAUCGUUCCCCACAGUGAAAGUGUUGACAAGGUUAAAUUCUCCGAUGUAUUGGUUAAAUCAUUGACUUUGAAGUGCGGGGAUCAUACUUUCUAUAAUUUUGACAGGGAUCAAUUUGCAUACAUGUAUUUGUUUGAACAUGAUGGUGCUAAAUACGCUGCUUUGUCCAGACUCACUCCAACUAUGAUAGAAGUUGCUGUUAUGUGUAAAUACGGCAAUGGCGUUGAAGAAAAGUUGUUGUAUGACAAUGAUAGUGAAUUCCAGCAGGCAGUACUGAAACUUGUACCAAUUAACAUCUUUAUUGAAAAUACAAGUUCCAUGCCACAUGGGGCUAGUAUGACUAAAUUGGAUGAAAAUAUUGAUGAAAUUGCCAUAAACAGAUUUGUUUUGCGUUACCCAUACGUUUUGUUGCCAGGCCUUGCUGUUGACAUUGGUAAGGGAAACGCCGACACUAUAUGGAUUGUUAAACCAAGUGAGGAAGAUUCCGAAGUCAAGUACUUUGUUGUUUUUGGUGUAAAAGGCGAAAUUGAUAGUGUCGAUGAUAUCAAGUUUAUCAGUGCCUAUUAUGUGAAUAAGGAAAAUGUUACUGUUAACAUUUCCAACAGAUUCAUUCUUGGACCAAAUAUCAGUAGAGCGUCUACGCCUGUAUAUUCCCACUAUUCUAAACUGUAUCCUCCACGAUACAAAAUAGACUACAAGUUUUCAGGGGUAUUCUCGCCUCUAUCCUAUGUAGUUGCGGGGAAUUCUCAGGGUUCCGAUGAUGUCAGUGUGGAAAAGGCCGUAGCCUAA